CAUCGAGUCACCUACCUUUUGCCCGUACUUCUUCCUGAAAACUUCGAAGACAUGGUCUUCGUCGGUAACAAGAAAUACGCAUGCGAGACGUGCAUCAAAGGCCACCGCUCGUCCACAUGUAAGCACACAGACCGCCCGCUGUACGAGAUCAAGAAAAAGGGCCGCCCGGCGACGCAAUGCGAGCACUGCCGUGAGCUCCGCAAAACCAAGCAGCUGCACGUCAAAUGCAUGUGCGCGUCCAAAAUCGACAACGCGCCCGACGCCGCGGGGCCAUCGACUAUGAGAAAAGGUCCAUCGCUCUUUGUACGGUUUAGGUGCCUCGAAGGUGCCGGCGAGCGCCGCGUUUCCCAGCGGGCUAUCCCCGAAGCGCUGGAAAUGUCGGUCGCACUGUCGGACGGCUCAGAUUCAGAGCUCAGCCAUGUUCCCUGCGAAUGCGAUCACAGCGGACCGUGCAACUGCACGACUCCCCGCGCACCACGCAACAAGGGCAAAACCCGGGCGCGACCUCUCCACGGAAACGCGGAACAGGACCCGUGCCUGAAAAGUUCAAGGGAGCCACCAGUGGCUGGGCCCGCCGGGAUCGUCGCGUCGGCGCACGCAGCAGGACAUCGCCCAGUGCUACCUCGGCCGCCCCCGCCAGAGCACCCAGUAGCGUUGCGGACUGCGCAUGUCCCCUCCGCGACUCCUUCCCAUCUGCCCGGCGGGCGCCGGACGUCCCACGACCAGCACUACAGCCCCUACGGCAAGGCGUACGAAGAGGUAUACACAAGCGAUCAAUACCGCGGCCAAUCCAUGACUUACCAGAGCACAAUCUCGCCUACCAACGAACCCUCCGACCCCACUGCGGCCCUCCCGGACUUCCAACCGUGGCCGGCGUUCAGCUCACCGUCGCCGAGUGCGUCCCCGUUCGCAAACAUUUCCCUCUGCGGCUGCGGUCCCACUUGCGCAUGCCUUGGCUGCUUCGAGCACCGCGGGCGCGACGUGCUCCCGGGCGCGACAUGCGCCAACCCAAACACUUGUAUCGCCUGUCUUGAAUGCGCAAUGCUCGCGAUCCCGCCUGAAGUACCUGGCAUGACAUACGAGGACACCCAGGCGCAGAAUGUAGACGAGUGGUUGCGCCAGAUGACCGUUGCUGAGCCGCAGAUGCAGCCCCAGUCCGAGGCGGCGAUGCCAACUCAGCCCGUGCUGCCAUCCACGCCGUCGUCCAUGCUAGGUAUGCGACGACAAACUGCGAAUCCAUCAUUCUCACCACAACCCUCUGGCCCCGUGCACCGGGCUGAAGCCGUUGUGCCCUAUGACCCGACGCUCCUGCAAACGUACGCGCUUUGGAACGACUUGCACGACGCCCGCACGCGCUCGCGGCCUGUGCAGGGCGAGUGGGACGAGCUUGCCCAGGCGGAGACGGGAUGCUGCGGCGGUCGGUGCCAGUGCCCGCCAGGUUUGUGCUCGUGUCCAAGGGAGUGCUGUGGGUGUUGUCAGGGGUGCGCAUGCGAGGGCCACUUGUGCCAGCAUGGCGCAGGGGUCGGAGAGGGCGGAAGACUCACGUUCGCGGUGAGUGGAGAGCGUGGCGGCUGUUGCGUCCCGCCAUCGCGAGCCACCGCUUCCUCGUCUGUGCUGGGUCGUAGACAGGGUGGGACCAUAGCGCAGCCGCAGCCUGUCACGGAAGCGUGGAUGAUGCAACUUGAAGGCGCGAACGUACCUGGUACGAGCGGUGUUGUUGAUUGGAAUGCGCAGGCGCAGACACUCACUGUAUCCAGGGUAACCCCCAGCCGCGCGUCCUCGCAUUCGUCGCAGUCGUCUGCAGGCCUCUCUCACUCGUCGACAUCGUCAUCCCUCGGAUCCGUGCUUGGAAUGCCGAGUCCUCUGAGCGCGUCCGGGAGUUGCUGCUCGAGUCGGUGAUUCAGCAGUGAAUGGUAUGUGUGUAGUUGUGAAACAAAAGUGCUACCACCUCGGUAGAGAUCCGCAGUGGACAAUGCGGUUGGCGUGGGAUGUGUAGGUCUUGUGAUCUUGCAAUUGUCGUUACUCCGUGGCUUGACCUCGAUGGUGUGACGCCAGUCGUGCUCGUUGUCACCGU